AUGGCCGCCUCCCUCUUCGAUCUCACGAGAAAGACAGCUCUAGUGACAGGAGCCACAAAGGGAAUUGGCCAGGCUAUGGCGGUAGCUCUGGCGGAGGCGGGAGCAGAUGUUAUCAUAAUCAAGGGCUUUUCCCCUGAAAACAACACUAGAGAAGCCAUUGAAAAGGCAGGGAGAAAAUGCUUUAGCUACCAGUGUAAUUUGGGCGACAAAGCCGCCGUAGCUCGCCUCAUAUCAACUGUCACCGCUGAGCACAAGAAUAUCGAUAUUCUCGUCAACGCAGCGGGGAUUCAGCACCGCUGUGAUGCUGAAAACUUCCCGCUGGAGGCGUACGAAGACAUCAUGCAGGUCAAUCUCAGUGCCACUUUUACACUCUGCAGGGAUAUGGGCAAAUACUGGAUUGAACAUAAUAUGCAUGAUCGCAAGAUUAUUAACGUGGCUAGUUUGUGUACGUUUUUCGGCAGUGUGAGGAUUCCCGCGUACUCAAUGAGUAAAGGGGGCGUUGGGCAGUUGACGAAGGCUUUGAGUAAUGAGUGGGCUUCCAAGGGGAUUAAUGUAAAUGCGAUUGCGCCGGGAUAUAUUGCAACAGAUAUGAUUCGGGAUACAGUGACUGGUGAUCCAAUGUAUCUCAAGAGCAUCACGGAUAGAAUCCCGGCCGGCCACUGGGGGAAUCCAGAAGACCUGAAAGGUCCUACUGUGUUUUUAGCCAGUAGAGCUAGCGCUUAUAUCACUGGUGAGAUUUUGACAGUCGACGGUGGUUAUCAUGGACGUUGA